GCGUUCGGCUGUAAAACCUUCAGUUGAUUGUGAGAUUCGCCAUGAAGCUACUGGAGUUACUGUUCCUCGUCCUCUACUACCAUAUCGUGCAGGGUUUAGCCAGACGCAGACCGAAUCACGGCUGCUUGAUCCGGAAUAAGUACAAGCAUGAGUUGUCCUGCCACUCGCCACGCCGUGUCUUUUACGUCUUCCACCGCAGCAUCUUCGACUGCGUCCAGGUGAUCAGCAACUGCCCGAGGAUGUACCCUUGGAACGAAUAUGAAUCGCUGCAGGAUUGCCGCGACGACUGCGCGUACCACAUGCAAAUUCCGACACCUACGCCGGCUCAAGGAAAAGAAGCGGCAGGUGGCCAAAAUAAGGAAGGGGCGGAAGCUACUGCCGCUGCAGGCGCCGCAGAAGCUCCUGCUGUGGCAGGCGGUGAAGAAGCUCCUCCUGCGGCAGGCGCUGAAGGAGGUGAAGCCGCGGAAGCCGAGGCACCUGCUGCUAAAUAAACGUGGCCUGGAUUAAACAGUAAAUGGUGGCUGAGUAAAUGGAAGGACUUGUUGUACUUUCUUUUAUUUGGACACCUCAUGCUUUUUAUUCUUAAAAUUUUAAUUAACCAAAUUUGUGGGAAUUAAACGCGCAUAUCUAUGAUUUUUAA